GGAAAUCCAUCAUGGCUCAUUUGUGGGAUUUAAUCAAGGUUGGGAUAUAAAUAAGGGGGGAUAUAAAAUAGGUAUGACUGUAAAUGAAUUUUUUCAGUUAUUUACCUUGGAGGUGGUUUUUGCUGUAGACA